AUGGGCCUCGAUACGUGGAAGACAUUUCCAAAGAUCCUGUCGGAGUACCCCAAGCACGGGGUGCCGCUGCCGUGCUCUGAUCAGCAUCCGCGCCUGCCGUGCCCCGAGACGCGCUGGGCCCGUGAUUUCUGCCUUGCACAGGGCGGCAGCUGCGAGUAUAAGAUUGAAGCCCACUUCGACUGCCUUGAGCAGCACUACCCGAAGGAGAAGGUCGAUGAGCUGCGCAAGAACUUCAAGCCCAGCACCCUAGACUACCCCACCUCCGACACCUACAUCCGCUACCGCCACUACUACAUUGGCGCGCCGUGGAUGGCCAAGAACAACUGGGAGGGAACGCGCUAG